AAACCGAGGCUGUAACGUCAUGCUCGACUCUAAACCUCACCCACCCUCCCAGAGGCGAGCAGCUCUUUCACAGGCACAGGCGCAGACGGACUGACUGGCUGGAGCUCAUUGCUGUAGUUAGCGGACACACUGCACAAUGCGUGAAUACAAGUUAGUAGUCCUCGGAUCAGGAGGUGUCGGCAAGUCUGCGCUGACUGUUCAGUUUGUCCAAGGGAUCUUUGUGGAAAAGUAUGACCCCACAAUAGAAGACUCAUACAGAAAGCAAGUGGAGGUGGAUGGACAGCAGUGUAUGUUGGAAAUUCUGGAUACUGCCGGAACGGAACAAUUCACAGCCAUGAGGGACCUGUACAUGAAGAACGGCCAGGGCUUUGCACUAGUAUACUCCAUAACAGCACAGUCCACCUUCAAUGAUCUGCAGGACUUGAGAGAACAGAUUCUGCGGGUCAAAGACACGGAUGAUGUGCCAAUGAUCCUGGUGGGUAAUAAGUGUGAUCUGGAAGACGAGAGGGUGGUUGGGAAGGAACAGGGCCAGAAUCUCGCCCGACAGUGGAACAGCUGUGCUUUCCUGGAGUCCUCUGCAAAGUCCAAGAUUAACGUCAAUGAGAUCUUCUAUGACCUGGUCCGGCAAAUCAACAGGAAAACUCCAGUACCUGGAAAGGCACGCAAAAAGUCUACCUGCCAACUGCUCUAAUAUACAGCUGUUCUUUUGCUCUGAGCCAGGUCUGAUUUACUGCUGUCUUUCAGCAGUGCCAGCAUUCCGACGUUACUAAAACCUAACAUCGAAUGGACUUUCCUAUGUGGUGAUGCCCCUUUAAUAAACCAACCAACCAACCAACCGACCGACCGACAACCAACCAAUGGAUUCAAGGCUACAGUACCAUGACAGUUUUUUGCACAUAGAUAACCAUCAUCACUUUCCAAUGUCGCGAGAAAGAGAUUUUUACAUAUAAAUAUAUAAAUAUAUAUUCUAACUGUAUGCAACUGAAUAAAAAAAAUUAAAUGAGUAAACGAAUACAGAGCUAGACAAAAAGAAAAAUACAGAGCCUACACGCAGUGUUAUCGCUAACGGAGACAGCCACCGUCGUAAAUGUAAGGAGGGAAUGUCUAACCAGGCUGUGCACGUUGCCAUGGCAAUUACAAUGAUAUUUAUAAGCACCACUAUUUUAGCCAGAGAGGAGAGGAAGUCCAAAGAGCUCCUAUAUAAACCAUUCUUACAGCUAACUUUCACUCCUUUUUUUUUUUUUUUUGAUGAAUAUUUUGUAACUUUGUUUUGCUUUUAUUCUAAACAUGAUUCGUUUAUCUUCUGCCUUUUUUCUCUUUUAUAAAAUGACUAGAUUGUUGCUCUAUGGAGAUGUUAUAUUCACAACAGCUAUUGCUGAGUUUUACCUUAGGAAAAACCUGUGGAUACAGUGAUGUACAUGUAAAAAGUUCAAAAACAUACUUUUUUUUUUCUGUCACUAUCAUUGUCCUUCGCCUCAGAUGUUGCCUUCAAAUACGUGUUGAUACCUUUUUCGUGUCUCUUUUUUUCCUGAGGAUUCAUUUCCAUGAUCUUAGGUCCAUCUCAUACGCCAUGCCGGGUUUCUUUGUUUUGUUUACAAAGAACUUUGUACAGCAGGCUUUUUUCAAAAAGGGGUAUUAAAAAGAAUAAGGGGUUUGACGAUUUAGCUUUAGUAUCCAUCUGAAGUUCAUCUUUUGGGGGGUCACACAAUAAAUAGUCAAAUCCCUCUUGACAAAGCUGAUCCUGAUCAAAUGGAGGACAUGUAUACAGUAUAUUUUAAAGAAUUGUUGUUUUUUUUAAUACACAGGAACAACAAAAUGUACAACAAACUAUCUGCCCUUCUCCCCUAGCUUGCUGAUGCAUCUGGUGUAAACUGAGGAUAUGAAAACCAAAUAUUGGAUCCUGUCAGUAAAGAGUGAGGAAAAGAUGGCUGUUAGUGACUGUUUUGACUUUGUAAUAAUUUGCCCUGUUUUCUGUCUUCGUUACUGUUGGAUUAACUGAAUGUGGGGGUGUGGGGACUUUGUGUUGAGCGAGAAAAACAUGGGAAGAAUUGAUUAAAAGAAUUAAUUGUACAUCAAGUGUAAUCAAAGCGUGUUCAUAAAGCUGCCGAAUGCGCUCUGUAAAGCAGUUGUAGCAUUCGAUACUGGUCUCUUUAAACAUCGAAAUGACUCUUUACAGGGUGCAGCAUGCGGUAUGUACACAUAAUGAAUUGUUUAUGAGUGCUUUGAGGAUUUGCACUGUGUAAAGUGAAGAACACGACUCCUAGGGAGUGUCCGAGCAGCAGCGGACACCGGUUAACAUUACAAGUCGUGUGUUGUUCUGAUUGCUGCAAGCAAAUGCCUUGAUGCUUUUUAAGUGUUGAGGGGAAAAUUUAAUAAAA